AGCACACACACAGAUGCACAAGACAGCAACAUCUGCAAGGCAAGCCGUCUUUGAAAUGGCAAAAUUGAACUUGUAAUUUAUUUCUCCAGGUAUCUCAAAAUGCUGACACCACCACCCACAGAGGAGAUGAGUGACAGGCAACUGGCUGUUGAGUCUCCUUGUAAUGUCUAGCUAAUUGAAGUGCCAGAGAUAACACAGAGAUGAGGACUGACUUCAGGUGAGGCCUAAGCAGACCCCUACCUCCAGCUAAACACCUGUGUCCAUUCCAGAUUCCUGGAAAGCCAUGCUCACUGCAGCUGCAGAUGUACAUCCCAUUCAGUAGUCAACUCAAGAAAAGUAGGAUGAACCCUCCAGUCAUCUCUACAGUCCUUCCUGGUAGACUGGAAAGAUCAGUAAAUGACAUCUCAAGAUUAAAUCCUGUCAGGAAUGGAGCAGUGCUGUGGUCCUUGCUGUUGUUCAACCCAAACUGACCAUGAAGAGAACUACAGAAACAAGAAUUUCCUUGCUCCCACUUCUGAUGCCGGCAGUAACAGGGGCACAUAAAUAGCCGGUGAAGAGACCACAGCCUUACACUGAAGGCACCAUGCGAAUCCUUCUCCUCCUCCUGGCAGCUGCAGGGCUUUGUUGGGGGCAGUACAACCCCAACACUGUCCCAAAGAGAACCUCCAUUGUGCAUCUCUUUGAAUGGCGCUGGCAGGAUAUUGCUGAGGAGUGUGAACGCUACUUAGCUCCUAAUGGAUUUGGAGGAGUUCAGGUUUCACCUCCCAAUGAAAAUCUUGUCAUUACUAACCCGAACAGACCCUGGUGGGAAAGAUACCAGCCCAUUAGCUACAAGAUCUGCUCUCGAUCAGGAAAUGAGGAGCAAUUCAAAGACAUGGUGAAGAGAUGCAACAAUGUUGGAGUUCGUAUCUAUGUGGAUGCUGUCGUCAACCAUAUGUGUGGGGCUGCAGGUGGCUCAGGGACACAUUCUACCUGUGGAAGCUAUUUUAAUGCUGGAAACAGAGAUUUUCCAGCUGUCCCAUACUCUGGCUGGGAUUUCAAUGAUGGCAAAUGUCACACUGGAAGUGGAGAAAUUGAAAGCUAUAAUGAUAUCUAUCAGGUCCGGGACUGCCGCUUGAGCAGCCUUCUGGAUCUGGCCCUGGAGAAGGACUAUGUGCGCUCCAAGGUUGCAGAAUACAUGAACCAUCUCAUUGACAUUGGUGUAGCAGGAUUCCGAAUUGAUGCUGCCAAGCACAUGUGGCCUGGGGACAUAAAAGCAUUUCUGGACAAGCUGCAUGAUCUGAACACUCAAUGGUUUUCUGCAGGAACUAGACCUUUCAUUUACCAGGAGGUAAUUGAUUUGGGUGGAGAGCCCAUCAAAGGCAGCGAGUACUUUGGAAAUGGCCGAGUGACAGAAUUCAAAUACGGUGCCAAACUGGGAACAGUGCUCCGCAAGUGGGACGGAGAAAAGAUGGCCUACUUAAAGAACUGGGGAGAAGGCUGGGGCUUUGUGCCUUCCGACAGAGCCCUGGUCUUUGUGGAUAAUCACGACAAUCAGAGAGGACACGGGGCUGGUGGAGCUUCUAUUCUAACCUUCUGGGAUGCCAGGCUCUAUAAAAUGGCUGUUGGCUUCAUGCUUGCCCAUCCUUAUGGGCUCACACGUGUGAUGUCAAGUUUUCGCUGGCCAAGAUAUUUUGAAAAUGGAAAGGACGUCAAUGACUGGUACGGACCCCCAAGUAACGCAGAUGGCUCCACAAAGGCCGUCACCAUCAACGCGGACACGACCUGUGGCAACGACUGGGUUUGUGAACAUCGCUGGCGUCAAAUCAGGAACAUGGUUAUCUUCCGUAACGUGGUGGAUGGUGAGCCUUUCUCCAACUGGUGGGACAAUGGCAGCAAUCAAGUGGCUUUUGGCCGUGGUAACAAAGGCUUCAUCAUCUUCAAUAAUGAUGACUGGAAUAUGAAUGUCUAUGUGCAAACUGGACUGCCUGCUGGCACCUACUGUGAUGUUAUUUCUGGACAAAAGGAGGACAACAGAUGUACUGGAAAGCAGGUGUAUGUUUCUGGUGAUGGAAAGGCUAAUUUCCAGAUUAAUACCGAUGCUGAAGAUCCAUUCAUUGCAAUUCAUGUUGAUGCCAAGUUAUAAUUCGGGAGAAAUAGCCACCUCUGUUUGGUCUCUGUAUUACUGUUUCCCCCAUAUGUCAUUCCCUGCUUUUUGAGCAUGAGUGGCUCUCUACUGAAUAAUAAAUGGCAUUCAA